AUGAUUGAAGUCACAGAAAAAAAAGUAGGUGAUGUCAAUGAGAAGCAGUUCUACACAGAGUCUGUAGAAACCACUGUUCUUGACACAUCAUACAAACAAAGGCUAUAUGAGAAACUAGGACACGAGGAUAUUGUCGGAGAUGAAACAAUUGAAGAUGUCGAGUUUCUGUUUGAAAAAAUACAAGAAACGACUAUUCCAGAUGCGUUGGACAUUUUAGAGCAUGUCCUUGAGGAUCAUUAUCAAGAUCCAAACUAUCCAGCAGAAGAUUUUGAAAAGAUUCAGGAAUUAGUCGCUGCUCAUAGCAACCCUGAUACUUAUGACGAUAAAGAUCUAUUUGACCCUGAAACCGUUUACCAAAUCAAGCUUCACGCUGUUCUAAACGAAUAUUUUUCUCCUUAUCCAGAAGUUCGUGCAGUUACAUCUCCCAUUGAUGACCCCGAUGCUCCUGUUGAAACUAUCCGUUCUUACUUGGUCUCCUUUAUUUGGGUCAUUAUUGGUUCCGGUGUCAAUGAGUUUUUCAGUCACAGGAUGCCUUCCAUUUCUUUGACUUCCUCAGUCAUUCAAAUGUUUAUUUACCCAACUGGUAAGGCAUUCUCCUAUAUUUUCCCAGACGUAGGUUUUACUCUGUUUGGAACAAGGCACUCCCUCAAUCCUGGCCCAUGGGGGUUUAAGGAGCAAAUGUUUGCUACUAUUGUCUUUAAUGUGUGUUCAGCUGGUGUUUAUAUCUCGUACAAUAUUAUUGUCCAAAAAAUGGAUGUAUUCUAUGGCCAAAAGUGGGUUUCAGCUGGGUUCCAAAUUCUAUUAGCUCUUGGAACACAGACUCUUGGAUUUGGCUUUGCCGGUAUACUACGAAAGCUUGUUAUUUACCCGACACGUAAUGUCUGGCCUUCAAUUCUACCAACAAUUGCUUUUAACCGAGCUUUAUUGAAACCAGAGGCAAAGGAAAACAUUAAUGGCUGGACUAUUAGUAGGUAUACCUUUUUGAUCAUUACUAUAGCUGCUUCCUUUUGUUACUUUUGGCUUCCAAAUUACUUAUUCCAAGCAAUGUCAACUUUCAAUUGGAUGACUUGGAUUAAACCAAGUAACUUUAAUUUGGCAGUCAUAACUGGAAGUGUAUCUGGACUAGGAUUAAAUCCCCUUCCGACCUUUGAUUGGAAUAUCAUUAGCAUGAACAGCCCCCUAAUUAUUCCAUGGUUUUCUCAAGCAAAUCAGUUCAUUGGUACAAUGAUUGCAUUCUUUUGUAUCGUUGGUGUCUAUUACACCAACUACAAAUGGACUGGGUUCUUAACUAUCAAUAGUAAUAGUAUCUUUGAUAAUACUGGUGAGUCAUAUCAAGUUCAGAAAGUUAUGUCAAAUGGCAAGUUAGACCUUGCUAAAUAUGCACAAUAUGGCCCCCCAUAUUAUACUGCAGCUAACUUGGUCGUUUAUGGUGCAUUUUUUGCUAUUUACCCAUUCGGUUUUAUUUACACUCUUUGGGAGGAUUGGACAAAUGUCAAAAAAGCAAUGAUAGGAUUCUUCGAUAUGCUGAAAAACCCAAAGAGCCUUUUCACCGAAUCGAACUUUGCAAAUUACAAGGAUCCACACUCAAGAAUGAUGUCCAGAUUUAAAGAAGUUCCUGAUUGGUGGUUUUACAUUGUUUUAAUUAUUUCACUUGUUCUGAUGAUUGUUUGUGUUAAAGUGUAUCCUGCUGAAACACCAGUUUGGGGUAUAUUUUUUGCAAUUGGUAUUAAUUUUGUCUUUUUGAUUCCCAUUACGAUCAUUGCGUCAGUCACAGGUUUCCAAUUUGGCUUGAACGUUCUUGUUGAAUUGAUUAUUGGUUACGCAAUUCCAAACAAUCCUAAUGCUUUAAUGACAUUGAAGGCUUUAGGUUAUAAUAUUGAUGGACAAGCAGAAAACUUUAUCUCAGAUCAAAAGUUAGCCCAUUAUGCAAAACUCCCACAAAGAGCUGUUUUCCGUGGCCAAAUAUUUGGUACAAUUCUCCAAAUUAUUGUUGUUUUAUGUGUUGUCAAUUGGGAAAUGUCCAACGUUAAAGGAUUUUGUACUCCACAUCAAGAGAGUAAGUUUUCUUGUCCGGGUGAAGUCACAUUCUAUUCGGCAUCAGUUUUAUGGGGUGCAAUUGGUCCAAAGAAAGUCUUUAAUGAAUUAUAUCCUAUUCUUAGAUGGUGUUUCUUGAUCGGCUUCCUAUUGGUAUUCCCAUGUAUUGCCGCAAAAAAGUACCUACCUAAACUCACCAGAGACUUCCAACCAACUUUGAUUAUUGGUGGUAUGCUUGCAUAUGCACCGUAUAACCUUACUUACUAUUAUCCAAGUUUUGUGUUCUCUUACAUUUUUAACUACUUCAUUAAAAGACGGUUUUUAUCUUGGUGGGAGAAAUAUAACUUUAUUCUAUCUGCUGGUUUGAACACUGGUACAGCUUUCUCUGCUGUCAUUAUCUUUUUUGCUGUCCAAUAUCAUCCAAAACUUCUUAACUGGUGGGGUAACACAGUCUCCUAUGCAGGGGCUGACGGACAAGCUGAUGGUUAUCAACUCUCCUUGUUGGAUCCAUCAUCUCAGCCAGGUGGUUACUUUGGUAUCAGAAUUGGUAAUUCUACAAAUUAA